GUAGCAAAACGGUAAAGCCCGAUUUGCGUCGUUCCGAAUAAAAAAUUCGUAACAACAAGCACAAACUGGAUAGUAUCUGUGAAAAAAUUAGAAUUCAUAGAGAAAUUAUAGUGUAUCAAUGUGAAAAAUAGUAUACGAUCUACAAUGUAAUGUGUUCAUCGAUAUGUCAACAAAUCCUGCACAACAAUAAACCUCCAUAUAACCGACAUAAAGAUGGUAACAAUAUACAGAACUGAAGGAAUUUACGUAUAAAGUCUUUUUUUCUUGACCUGACUGAACACGAAUAGUACAGUUAUAAAGGGAUCGGAUACAGUAUACUAAAUAUGUCAAACUCUAGUGGAAAUUGUAAAAUAACGAGAAACUUAGACUAAGUUCGAUCCGUGGGUUGUCAAAUAUCAUGUCUCGUUUAUGUAAAUUUAUGGCAUAAUUGGUAGAAGAGUGUAGCAUUUUAGUUUGAACACAUGUUGAAGAGGAUUACGCUAAAGUCUGGCGUAUGAUAAGAAAUGGAUUGAUUUAUUACGGAGAGCAAAAUUCAAGUGUCGCCCUGUUUGUAAAGCACUACUAUUCUUCAAUAUAAAGUUGUAGGCAGAAUUAUUUUAUGAAGACGAUCUCUCGAACAGAUUUGAAUAAAAGUGGAUAUUUCACUGUGAAACAGUUAACUUUUAUCAGCCACUGUUUGAAUAAAGUUCUCGAUAUUUGCUAGGUAAUUGAAGUAAAAUAGGCAAAUAAAGACCUGUUUGAUUUCAAAGUGUAUUGAAAAAUUGCAUUGCGUCAGUGUUGUGGUUUUUGUCAGUAGUCUGUGAAAUGCAGUUUUAUAGUAGAGUGAUAGGUUUGAAUAAAAAGUGAAAAGGGGAGAUAGAUAAAGGAAAACAUGUCGACAAGGGCAGUAAUUCCGCCUUUAAGUGUGGAUCAUGUACCACAGAAGCAGACUUAUGAGAUGUUGGAGUCUCGACUUCAAGCCGCGGAAAAUGACACUCAUCAACUCAUCGAACAUUUAGGGAGUAUGGGGUUCGACACUCAAGUCGGAGGCAAGAGUGGGUCAUACGAGACAGUGUCGCCAUUCAGAGGCCAGGUGAACCAGGUCAAUCAGAAAAACUUUGAAAUUUUUAAGAAUAACUACGAAACGUUGGUGUCACGAGUGUGUAAAAAUGAAAGUGUUCUACAAAGCUUGAAGCUAAAUCUAGUGAACCUUCAUGGAGAUCGGAAUUUUAAGCAGAAAAAUGACAGUGAGCUGAGAGAGAAGUUUCAAUUCGCGAGAGAAGCGUAUGAACAGGAAAUAG